AUGAACAACACCGGGUUCAACCAAACGGAGGGAGGACUAUUCAACAAGACCGAGGAGUUUUUCUGCUGCAACUUUUCAUCCGUGGUGACCGACAACGGCUUUGUGGCGGCCGCUCCGGAUGAGAGGAGCCUCUUCAUCAUGAGGGUGGUCCAGAUCGCCGUCAUGUGCGUCCUGUCCCUCACGGUGGUGUUUGGCAUUUUUUUCCUGGGCUGCAACCUUCUCAUAAAGUCCGAGGGGAUGAUAAACUUUUUGGUAACGGACAGGAGACCGUCCAAAGAAACGGAGGCAGUCAUUGUUGGAGCCUACUGAUGGAUGAGGACCUUUUGCGCUCUGGUUACCUCCUGAUCAGAUGGAGACGGACGAUGCGAUGAUCAACUGCCUAAACAAGACCCCCCCUGUUUUCAGAUUUAGAACAGAGGAGCGGUCACUGUGCGAGAAGGUAACCCUGCAGGUGACUGCUGAGGCUCACUUUAUUUCUUGUGGCCUUUUUUUAAAAAUGCCAACCAAGACAUCUCCAAGAGGUAUUUGAAGCCUCUUUGUUUAUUAAGUAUUCAGUCACGCACUGUUGUAAUCUCAGUAGUUGCACUGUUUGUCAAGCAGCAUCCUUUGUCAUGUUGGUGGCAAAGUCUUUGUAUUUGCUGCUUUUGAAAUACCCUCCUGCCUUGCAAAUGCAAUGGAGAAUUUAAUGUUUUAACAUGUGCUGCAUGUUGUAUGCAACAAAAAAAAGAAAAAAGAAAGAAAGCACACAACAUGCAAUACUGUGUUCA